AUGCAACAACAUUUUUGCACGACUCGUUCGUAGAAUUCAUGGAGAAUCCGUGGCCUGAUAAUCCUAUCGACGACUUUAUGAAGAUAUUGCACAGAUGCAAACGAAGACGGCACAACGGUUGUUAAGGGGAAGUACGUGAGAAAGGCGGUAGCCUCUUUCCAAGUCGAUCUGGAUUUACGAUAUUGGUUGCAACACCACCUGAACCCAGACCCUUGUCGGUCGAACCCUGCCUUUAAACCAUCUCAAACCGGUUACCUUACUCCG